AUGUCUGCUGAAGACCAAAGUGCUUACGAGGCCGAACCUCUAUUGGAUACUAACCUCCUCAAAGAAAUUAGCAAGAAAGCCCUCGUCGAUGCCCUGAACUCUGUCAAUGGCUCGAAGACACUGGUUUUGGAUCCCUCUUUAGCCGGACCUCUGGGACUUGUCACAGAAGUCGCUCUCCUCAAGCAUCAUGGUGUAGACAAAAUGUACUGGCUCGAGCGCGGGCCCUUGCCAUCAAGUACAACCAAUAUCGUCUAUCUGUGUCGGCCAAUGGUGAAUUACGUGAAAAUCAUCGCUGACCACAUCAAGAGACAUGCUAAAGAAUCGUCAAAACACAAUUACACCUUAUUCCUUGUUCCCCGUCUAUCAUCACUGUUUUCGCGUCUGCUUGAAGAAGAAGGUGUCUUAGGCGAUAUCACUAUAUCCGCAUACAACUUGCAAUUUUUGCCAAUUGCCGACGAUGUUCUUUCCUUGGAGUAUGAGUCUGCCUUCCGAGAUAUAUGGGUGGAUGGAGAUGAAUCUGUAGUGUAUGACUCUGCGCAAGCCUUGAUGACUCUCCAGAGACUCUUUGGAUUGUUCCCCCGCUUACUAGGCAAGGGAGACCAUGCUGCACGUCUCAUCGAUCUCUUAAUGACAUAUAUUACACAAUCUCACAAUGCCUCCACCCCUGAUACCCUAUCAGAGCCAUCCAGCAAUUUCGAUUCCCUAAUCGUCAUUGACCGCCGCGUUGACAUGAUAACACCACUCUUGACACAGCUGACUUAUGAAGGUCUCAUCGAUGAAGUACUAGGCAUCAGGAACUCACAUGUAGAGCUCCCAGCGUCCCUCGUUAAUCCACCUUCAAAUCCUUCAGCUGAUGCUGCAGCUGCACCGCCUGCGGCUACCUCUUCCACAUCCUUAAGAAAGGAGAACAAGAAAAAAUACCACCUUUCCUCAACCGAUUCCCUCUUCAAGGAGUUGAGAGACCUCAAUUUCUCAAACGUAGGGAAGCAGUUGAACGGAGUUGCGCGCAGGUUAGACGAGGACUACAAGGUGUUUCUUCAAUCAAAAACCACUGCCCAGCUCAAAGAUUUUGUGGAACGGCUCAAGGGUCGUCUAUAUUCUGAACAUCAAUCUCUGCGCAUCCACACUGGAAUAUCUGAGCUCCUAGUCCCUAUGACUCGUUCCGAACAAUUUAACAAGUCUCUCGAAAUUCAACAAAACCUUCUUGCUUCAUAUAAUAUAUCCGACCAGAUCUCUUCAAUAGAGGAUAUGAUAGCCAGAGGAGCGGAUAUGGAAACAAUCGUCCGAUUAUUGUGUCUUGCGAGUAUCACGUCUGGCGGAAUUAAGACUAAAGCUCUGGAUAAUAUCAAACGCGAAUUCCUUCAGACCUAUGGAUACAAUUUUCUACCUUUACUAUUGUCGCUUGCCGCCCCGUCACUUGCCAUUUUAUUGCCCAAUCCCUUGGCGCCGUCUACACCGUCAGCGGUUCUAGCAUCCAAGUAUCCUUUUACGUCUUUGAGAAAGUCGCUACGUCUCCUCAUAGACGAUAAUCCAGAAGCUUUAGACGAAGUAGAAAACGAUAUCAGCUUCGUCUACUCUGGUUAUGCUCCUAUUAGUGUUCGCCUCGUUCAAUGUGUUGCCCAGAAAGGAGGGGUACUAAGCAAUCCUGCCGAAAAAGAGAAAACCUCGGGGCUUGAUGGCUCAAAGACAGUCCAUGCCGUUGGCAAAGUACAAGCACAUCCUAUAGUAGGCUGGAAAGGAUUCGAAGAUAUUUUGGCGACGAUUCCAGGAAAAACCGUGGAUGAAGUACAAAACCCCGUGGGUGUCAUUGCACCAUUGGGAGGUAUAGCGCGGCCGAAAGAUAAGGCUACAACAACUGUCGUGUUUUUCCUCGGUGGUUGCACGUAUACUGAGAUUGCCGCGCUGAGGUGGGUCGCGCGACAGAACCGAGGCCGAAAUUUCCUCAUCGCAACGACUGGAAUUAUUACUGGAUCGAGCAUCGUUGACGGAAUAGCUGGGAUACAGAAAACAACGGCAGGAUCCAAGGACGCAGCGAUUUGA